AUGUGCCUGUGGUGUCAAGUACAUACCAGAUUCCUCACACUGGUGCUAUUCCUUGGAGCGACAAACGCAGCAGUGUAUCACCAGUGCAUGCCGUUUACAAGAGUGACACAGGAGUCAACGUUUUGGUUAACCAGUGGGAGAAACACUUCGGUCUUGAUCUACAACGAGUUAUUAACGCUUAACACCAACAUACCCUACCGCAUCACAGAUACGCCGAUCCAUUACUACUCGGAGAACCAUGAUUUCACUGUAUGUGGCCUUGUUCAGUUCCUGGGCCAUUAUUGUGAUGACUUUGGUGCCUAUACUGUUCGUUCCACCAAAACUGGGACUUAUUUGAACACAACAAAGGUGGACUACGGGUGGUUCGACGUCCUAGAACCGCAAUACUACCACCAGAUAGUCGCCAAUGAAUUCAUAUGGUUCGACAACGGAACCAAGAUCUCGUGGAGAAUCCCGUACGAGGGAAACUGGUGCAUCUCUAUUUACCAAGAUGGAACUCAUCUGUAUUGGUACGAGACUGGUUGGACUCAGUCUUGGGGGUUGCUUUCAGUGUAUGAAUGGAACUUGUUUCAAACCUUAACCCUAUGCUGUCUUGUGGAACUGUUCUUCCUCGCACGGUUUGCGUUGCGUGGUGAAGACGUCAAUGCGAAGUUAGCACUCUCCACCCUCGUGUACCACGCCCUGCACUCGUUUCAAUUGAAGACAACGAAUGAAUCGCAGUACAACUCAGGCCUUGUCGUCAUUCUGGUGAAAUGGCUCAUUUCACUUGUUGAAAUUUAUUGCAUCUCCAUACUCUUCGUUUCAAUCUUGAAGCUGAAAUUCACGAAGAAACAGCUUAAGCUUUUGGAAGUUUCAUUGCUUGUGCGAUCCUUAUUGGCAGUGAGCACUUCUUCUGCUCUGUUGCACUACAUGUGCACCAUGGCACUGGUCUCUGUCGUCAUCUUGUCUUCACUAUUAUCACAACCAGCAAAAAGGGCGAAUUCUAAACACUAUUACUAUGCAAAAAGGAGUUUCACAACCGUCGUGGUUGUUGUCAUGCUGGCAAAGUGCAUCACUAUGUUUGUUGGUAUCGUAUUUGCGUAUACCAUCACACCAAUGAAGCACGAACAAGGGUCUUUUUGGGUUAAAGCCAGCAUCAUUGCAGACGAGGUAACAACUCGCUAUUGGGAACAGGUUGGUUGGGUCCUACACAUGUUCAACUUGGAGGUUAUCCUUUGGCCAUUGGUAUUACUAUUUUUGGCCAUUGUGUAA